GGCCCGGGCGGCCCCACCACGGCUGCGCCUACGCUGCUUAGCAGCCACCAUUCACUCGCCGCACUUCUACUUCGACCGUCAAAGAUCGCGCGCGCUACGCAAAAAAAGCUCCAGUCCCUUGUGAAGAUAAUUUGGUCGUGAUGGAGAAGGAGCACCAGCCAGAUUCCAUGGCUACUAUCACAAUGAAACCCGAGUACCCGCCGUCCGAGGUGUACAGCGCAUCGGAACCGCCACCGGCCUACCGCCAGCGCGUGUCAUCCUCAGUCCAGAUCGCCCGGAUCGCGGCGCUGACGGUGGUGGCUGCCUCCUUCAUCCUGGGCGCGUUCAUCCUGGCCUCCAGCUGGGUGGCCGCGCGCGCCUCCUGCCACCAGCUGGAACAGCUGGACGCUAUGCUGGACAAGGAACUGGCGUUGGAAGGACGGGCCUACGGGAACGACGGGUUGAUGGCGGUAAGUGAUAUUCAGAAUACUUAUUCACUGAAUUUGUUAAUUCCAAUACGGUAG